UCCCCCGGACCACACGAAAAAGAGGAUUGAAGCCAAGGAGAGAAACGAAGUGAGCCUCAGUCGACUGCCGUCCAUCGUCGCGACCGCACGUUUUCUGCCCAGCACAGAACCACUUGCUGUUCCACGUCUAUUUUACUGGUGGAUCCCUCUUUACAACCUACGACCUGAGUUUUGUGGUAGGGGGUGAACGGCACAGAAUCAACGGCAACGACUAAAAUUAAAAGUGUUUCCGUGAAAGAAAAUAAAAAAUCUAUUACGAGGAGAAGGGGUGCCAUGUUCUGGACACCAGCUGAUCAUCACAGGCGACAAUAACACUUGAAGAAACGACAUUAAAAAAAAAAAGGAAUUGUUUUACUCUUAAUCACGAGAUCAAAUUGUUUUAUCAACCAAUCAAAAUGGAUGCUGUCGAUAUCGACACGAUCGACGAUGAGGAUGUCCUCAAACAAAUGUGGCAAGUGACGGAGGAUUUCGCGGAAAAGAGGCGCAUCCGCGCUCGGAUGUACAAACUGAGGGAAAAGAGACUCAAGGAUUUCUACACCAGCGACGACGUCAUGACGGCCAGAAGCCCCUCGGCCGCUUCGCUUCCGUCCCAAUCGGCCACCUACAAUUACUCGACCACUAGCGCCACCACUACUGAAACCAUCACCACAUCGUCCGCUAUGGAGACGGACGAAGCGGACGGCGUCAACGGACGCCAAGUGGAUCAAAAGCGACGCAACGACGCCAAUCAGGAAGAGGACGCGGUCAGUGAAAAGAUUCGCCGCAAGAGCAGCGUCCGCACCAAACGCUAUCAAAUGAUUUUGGCCGCAUCCGGUGGGACGCAAGAGUCCAGCCAGACGUCGACGACCAGCAGUCGAAUGGAAACGAGCGAACGGGCCAUGUCACCCGACUCGCUGUCGGGCAGUCAACUCGUUAUAGCGGACGGACCGAGCCAGAAGAGCCUCACCAUCCGGCCGGAAGAAUUAAAUGUUUCCGUCGUGUCGGAUUCUUCUUACCAGGAAUUGAAGUCGUCGUCGCGUCGUCGCGAGUUCCAGGAGGGCGACAUUCUGACCAUUCAAGAAGUGACGGAGACGUGGAGGCGCAUCCGCGAAACCGGCCAAUCGGCGCCCGUCACUCAACGCGUCACGUUGACGAAAACCAUCCGCCAGAGGGUGUCUGACGGCGCUGUUUUAGAGGAGAACGAAGACGAAGUCAUCGACGACAUUGACGAUGAAAAUGAAGGAAGCGGAUCGGGCGGAAUCACGGCCGUUGACGCUGCGCUAAGGAGAUCGUCCAUCAUUGCGACAACAGAUGGCGUUGAGGAAAACAUGUCCGUAUCGAAAAAGAAGUUUGAAACGGGCGAAGUCACCAUCGACGACGCCAUUUCCGAGCCGGAUUCGCUGGAUAAUUUGGAUAACAAUCUUCCAGAGCCGGACAGCGUCGACAAUCACAGCCAAGCGGAUAGUUUGGAGAUGACGCAAACGUCGUUCACGUCAAUGACGACGCAGCAACAUCAGUCAAACAGCCUCAUCCGCAUGGAUUCGGACGUCUCGAAUCAUUCGGCUGCUGGAACGAACAUCGAGGAGCAAGUGGAGCAAGUCAUCGUCACCCCCACCGAAUCGAAACCAGUUCGUGCGAGCAGCACUAGCGCCACGAGAUCGAAGCGGACGCCUUCUGAAUCUCCCUCGCGUGGCGCCACCUCACCGGUCAACAAGAAACGGGCCGAUUCGGCCGAACUGCGUAAAAAUACGUUGACGUCGUCCAGCAGUUCGACCAGCCGGACGGGAUUGGGCGGAAUUAAUCGCAGCGGCUCGUCAACUAGCGCCACCGCUACGAAAUCGAGCAGCAAAACAACGGCUUCAACUGCUUCGGCCAGCAUGAAGGGGAGCAGCAGCAUCCCGCGUCUGACCAGCACGCCCAUCUCGGCCCAGAAGGGCAAAAAGGCGGCCGUCACUCCAACGGAAUCGACGGGCCAAGACGAUUCCGUGACGGAAUUCCUCCAAUUGGAGAAGGAAAUCCAAGGGGUGGUGGUCAGCGAAGAUGUGAAAACGACUGGAGCGAAACGGACAGGCCAUACCAUGUCCGCUAGACCGACGACUCCAGUGACGAGCCGCAAAGCCGAGCCAAUGAGAUCAACGACGACGUCGAGCACUCGCGUCCAGCAAUCGUCUUCGUUUUCAUCGGCGGACAAGAGAGGAGUAACGAAAAAGGCGGAAACGACGAGCGUCAGCCGAUCAUCCUCGUCCACCACCGCAUCAUCGAGGAAAGAAUUGGCCAGUCCUUCGUCGAGUAAAGCCGCGUCGAUCCUCGGCCGUCCGGCCAUGAUCCGCACGAUUGAGACGACGAGGACGAUCACGGUGCGCGAUCGCGACGAGGACAAGCCGUGGCGCAUGAAUUCGACCAGCAGCAGCAACACGUCCAGCAACAGAUCGAAGGGCAUUUCGGGCAUCGGCCGUCCGGCCCGCAAGGAUUUGCACAACAACGUCAUGAGCGUCGUGGAGAAGUAUGUCGAUACGGAAGGUUGCGCAUUGCACGGCUCGCAUCCGCACAUCCAUGACGACGAAGAAGACGCUGGUCACGGUCAUUCACCAUCCCCUCCUCCUGCCGUUGCUGCGCCAGUGGUUGAGAAACCGGUCCAGCAGCAGGCGGCCAGUGAUGACGAAGAAGAAGAAGAAGAAGAAGAAGAAAUAACUGAAAAUGAACCGGUGGCGCCGCAGACGAACGGUGUGGCCGAACAAGAAGAUGGGCCGGCAGGUGUGGAGGAGCCGUGCUCAGAACCAGUUGUGACUGAAAGUCCUCGUCGUGAAGAGAACAUGGAACGUCCCAAGAAAUUGUCAGUCACGACGACGUUGAUGGCGCCGGUGGAUGGCGCUGGCGAAUUGGCCACGUCGCCUUUGAACAAGAGCGGAAGUCGAUUGUCGAUUGCCAGUCCAGUGCUGGGCAGUCCGUCGGUCGUUAAAAAAGCCCGUUCUCUUUUCCGUUCCGAUUCGAUGGAAGGUCCGUCUGUCGAAGCACCAGCAGCGCCAGCAGCAGCCCCUCCGCCGCCAGUGGUGCCAACUGGCGGCACGGCCAACAUUUCCAAAAUCCGUUCGUCGUUUGAAAACGCGACGACGACGACGACGACGACAGCGACGUCGACUAUCAAGCGUGAAAACACGAAACUGUGGGAACCGGCCGCCAACCGCGUCAACAAACUGGAACCGCGUCCGUCCGUCGGCAAAGGCGACGCACCCGAUGCGUCCAAAUCGCCUGCGCCCAGCCGCAAUUCAACGGCCGGCUUGUUCACUAAAUCUCGUUCGCCAUCGCCGACCAAGGAUGUCGCGGCGCCAGCUGUCCGCCAGAUGUCACCGACGCCGCAGGAUGGACCGGUUGUCAAUGACGACGCUUUGCCCAGCAGCGGCGGCGACGGCCGUGUCAUCGAAGAGAUUGAAGACUUGACUUUAUUGGAGAACAUGUUGAACACGGCCACCAAUUACGACGACAGGAGUCGCAUCCGCGCUCACAUUCGCAUCGUCAAGAAGAAGCUGGGCUUGGCCGUCUCGUCGCCCAUGCCGACGCGCAAAGCGCUAGCGCCUGCCGCUUCUGCGCCGGCCCCUAAGACGUCGUUCUCUGAGCCGCCGGCCAACCGCAAUAAAUUGCCAGAGUUUAAGAGGAAACCGUCGGAAUCAGUGACGCCAGCGCCAUCUGUUGAGCAUCCCCAAAACGAAGUGGAGAAUCAAGUGCCAGCAGCCGAGAAAGAAGCCGAACUUCCAGUAACGCUCCAUCGAGAUGAAGUGGUGGUGCAAGACGUGGAAAUGAGUUCAGUCUCGACGACAUCGAUGAUGAUGAUGACGACGUCGGAGACGAGCGAAUCGAGCAGCCGCAAGUCGUCGAUGACUCAGCAGACGAAAGUGCGCAAAAUCAGCCAACCGUACGACUGCCGCUCUGAGACGAAGGAAUUCGUCCCUCGCGUUGCCGAAGAGCAGCCGACGGUGCUGGUGGCUGGACAGGUCAACGGCGAUAGUGGCACCACCCCGAUAUCGUCUGAUCAAGAAGGAUCGUCGGAGACGAGCAGCCCGAGGUUGAGCCGAGCCCCUUGGCGUCGUCAAUCGUCCGAGGCCAACAUGAUUAAAACGCCGACUCAUUUGCCCGAACCGGAAUCCAAUCCGGAAACGCUGGACAUCACCUCCAGUUAUGGAACGGGUCCCAUGGAUGAAAAUGGACGCCCUCUAUUCGGUCUGGGCGCCCUACGUCGCCGUCCAACUAAACCCUUGAACAUUACCGGCGCUGAUGAAGGCCAGCAGAGUCCGCAGCCGAUCAUCAUCGAACGAUCGCAAACGCUGACGGAAUUGCAGAAGCUGCACGAAUCGCAAACCGUCCAAUCGAAAGGCGAAUUAGAGCCGGUGGAGAAGCCGCGCGCCAAAUUGCGCGACACUUUUACCAAUUCGAUGGACACGGAAGCGGAUGGCGAUCGCGCCGAGCCCAUCAUCAGCGAGCGCAGUCAAGCCCUCAGGGAGAUUAUCCGCAUUCACGAACAGCAGGUGUCGAGCGCCGAGGCCACGACGGUGGAAGCCCCUCCGCCUUCGCCCACUCGGCCCAAAGCCAAACUGAAGGAUUCGUUCGUGGCUCCCGUUGAUUCUCCCGACGAGCCGGACCAAUCGUCGUCUUCGAUUGAGCAAAUGAUUGAGCGCUCCGAGUCGUUCCAGACGAUCAUUAAGCGUCACCAAGAAUUGUCGACGUCGCAGACGCCCAGUGGGCCGCAGGCGUCGCCUCCCAUGAAGCGGCCGGGCAUUUUGAAGAAGCCCAAAGAUUGGUCUUCCCCUUCGCCGCAAGAGGUGCCAUCUCCCGUCAAAGACGAUCAUACGUCCAUGUCGCGGAAGACGUCGGUCGAAGUGUCGGACUGUGUUGCUGGAACGCGCAAGGCCAGCAUCGAGUCGAGCAUCGAAAUCCAAUUGAAUCCGGUGGCCAGUUCGUCGAUUGUCGUCGCGGAAAUCCCGGCCCCGGGUCUGAUGGACCGCCGUACGAGCGGCGCCACGCCCAGUUACAGCACGAUCCAGUACAACAGCGUCCAGGAUGUCAAGAUGGACACCCGUCGAGGAUCGACACAACAACAACAACUGUUCCAGCAGCCUCGUAAAUUCUCGAUCGAAGUGGAGCCUUCGCCGACGAUGCACACGUCGAGCGUGACGUUGUCCACGGCGUCCAACGCGCCCAGCUCGCACGGCCGGGUGGUGCCCACCGUGGCGGCCGCCCCGUUUGUUUUGUCGGGUGAGACGACGGGACAUUCCGUCCGUUCCACGUCGACAUUCCAAUUAUCUACUUCCGGUCGAAAUAGUUCGGUUGUGACGGCUCCCAUCAUCGCAGCAGCUUCGCUUCCGGCUCCCGUUCCAGCAGCCGUUCCAACUGGAGAUGAUCCGACGCCUUGGCGCAGGAAAUCCAUUCCCAGGGAGCCUUCCGUUCCACGAGAGGCUGACGUCACCGCUUUCCCAGCUGCUGCUCCCGUCAUGACGUCGACGGCCACGUUUGUUCCAGCGGCCGAGAUUCCGUCGGCACAGCCGCACCAGCCUGUCCCGACGCGAGUCAGCACGGCCAAACUUUCCAUGCAAGAAGCUCCGCUGCCUUCAGUGUCGACUUUUGCCACGGCGUCGCCACUUGCCGUACGUUCCAACCGCGUCUCUUCGUCGUCCGUCAGCGGCGGCGCGGAGACGACGACGACGACGACGACGUCCAAUUUCCAGCGCCACGGCAGCAUCAAUCAUCGCUACCGUCCCAGCCAACCGGAGAACAAUGCGCCGUACGGAUCCGGUGCCGGAGCCAAACCCUCGGCCGAGCCCCGCGUCAAGACGCUUCCGGCGACGGGCGCCUCGGUCCGCGCCUUGGCCCAAAAGUUCCUGAUAACGGGCGAAGAAAAGAGUCAGCCGCAAGUGAGCAAAGCAUCGGCCUACCCGAAAGCCGGACUCAUUUACCGUUCCAACAGUUUCCGCUCUCAGAACAAUGGGGAUGGCGCUGGAUCGAUCGGCCUGGUCCGUUCCGAAUCCCUUCGCAUCUCACCUGCCCGGAGCCGAGUGUCGAUGGAGCGACAGAGCCAAGAGCGCAGUGUAGAUGAGCCAUUGAGCGGCGUGUCUUUGUCGAGGAGAGAGUCCAACACGUUGAUGUCGAGCAGCAGCGAACGACGCACGUCUUACAAUCCGUCGGUUGUCAAUGGCGGUCACGACGAGCCAUUGACGACGGUGGCGCCUGCUGCCGACUCGUUUGCUUCGUCGGCCACGUUGACCGCCACCUCCACCACGACGUCCAAGUCGUUCCUGCAGGAUCGCACGCCCGUCCGAGGCAUGCAGGACAUCAUUGGACGCAUGCGCGCAACCGACGCCGGAUCGAGCGCCAGCGAGGACGAGCGUUCGCUGUCUCUGCUCAACAAGUUAAUUGGAGCGCAGAUUUUGGUGCAGUGCACGGAACAGGCGGCCACGUCGGCCGGCGUGGCUGGAGGCGAGUCGUCCCAACCAUCCGUCCAGUCGUUUAGCACGUGCACCGAACAACGCAGCGCCGACGGAACGAGAUUGAGCCGGACGUCGACCCAGCAACGAACGGGAUCGUCUUUCGAGUCGGGACAGGACGAAGAGAGCGGCGCAUCGUGGACGCGUCGUUCAUCCUCGACGGCCAAAUUCCAAACGACCAGGACGAGCACGGUCCACCAGCCGCAGCCAUUCAGCAUCACUGCCACCGUCUCUGACGAUCACAUCGGAAACGGAGGAAUCGGAAUAGGCACAGGAAUGGCGCAAACUUCUAUUCCGGGCGUAGCUGCUGGAAGCCGGGCGGCUUGUGUGAUUGACGGCAUCGACAUCAGCACGUGCACCGACGAUUUCAAGCUCAACGAAAUGCUGGAUAAUUGCAACGACUACGAGACGAGACGUCAAAUCCGCGCCCGCAUCAAGGCUCUGCUCAGCGGCGACGCCAAAGUCCACGAUGGCCACUCUUCUUCUUCUUCUGCUUCUUCUUCUUCCUCCUCCUCCUCCUCCUCCUCCUCCUCCUCUUCCCAAUCUUGUUGCCAAUCUCAUUGUACGGCACAUUCGUCCACGUCGGCGGCCCACAGCGACGUCAUGGACUGGGUGCGCCGACAAGCGCAAACGACGCCUCCUAACGCCAAUCAACAAGCUGCUCUCCUUGUCCCGGAUCCUCUUCUGGCCGCCAGCAACGAAUUGCAACAACCGGCCCAUGCGGCCGCGGCCGUUCAAUCGCAAGAGAGCGGCGAAUUGUUCGACUCUGGAACGGAAUCGGGCGAAGAUUCCACGACGCAAUCGAAUCACAGCCAGUCGGAUUUGAAUUCGUUCAUGGCCAAUUUGGCGAAAUUGUCGCUGGAACAGGCGUCUGCCCCACCAGCAGCGCCAUCGCCGGCCGGUGGCGACUUCCUGCGCCAAGUGGACAGCGUCUUGGACCGACUGAAGACGUCGUUGCAACCGGACGACUUGGCCGAGUUGAAUGUAGGUGCGUCGACCGACCACCAGGAGGUGCUGCAUCAGCACAUGGCCUCUGGCGGACUGGACAAGCAGUGGAGGAUUCACCCGCAACAGCAAACGGAAUUGAUUGGCCUCAUUGACCGGUUGAAGACGUCGUUGCAUCACCUGCAAUCGACGGACCCUCUUGCCGUUCUUGCUCCUCCUCCUCCUCCUCCUCCUCCUCCUCCGACUACUCUUGCCACACCGGUUACUACCAGUUGUACCGUUGUUGCAACAACAACAACAACAGCAACAGCAACAGCAACAGCAACAGCAACAGCAUCCGCUACGAAACCGGCCGAUGGAAACGAGGAAAUGCAACAGGAAACGAAUCGUGCGGAUCAUCAAACGGCCAAUGCGAUUGCCGGUCCCAAAAAAGAGACGACGACGACGACGACGAAGAUAACGGUGGCCAGUCCGGCCGGUUCUGCCACGUCGCUGUCUGGCAUCACGUGCGUUAAACUCCGGGCCAAGACGUUCGCCAGUCCGGCCUUAGUAGAGCGGCCCGUUUCUCGUCCCAACUCGUUCCUGUUGAGCGUGGCGUCUAGCGAUUCAGCCACGUCCGAACGCCAACAUCACCACACGAAUCGGCUGUCGUGGCGUUCCAGUUCGGAGCCGAACACGCCCGUCACCAGUCCCAGUCCGACGCCGACGCCGAGUGCCAGUCCAUUACCUCCGCCCAAAGUUCACUGGCGAUCGCCCAUGGAUUUUUUGGCGCACAGCACGACGACGACGACGCAGGCGUCCAGUUUACGCCCAGUCUGGUGUCGUCAGCCUUCGUCCUCAUCCGACGCUCAAACGGGCAAUUCGGCCACGACGACGACGACGACGACGCCGACGGGGCCCGUUAAAAUCAAAGUGUUGGAAAAGUCGGGCAUUCGAGGACGAUUCGUGCAGCCCGAGUUGAAUCCGGCGCCGAUCGUGACGCCCAAAACGCCAGCGCCGGCCGUCCGAUUGCCUUGCUUUAAUUUGAAUAAAGUGCAAACGACGUCGUCGCCGCCUUCUCGCCAGCACUCUCGACCUCAAACGCCGCAAACGCCGCAAACGCCUCAGACGCCUCCAGUGACGCUGGAACAGCCGCAACGACCAACGUUGACACAGCCACAACGACCAACGUUGACACAGCCACCGAAAGCAGAAGAAAAGAGAGAAGAAGCGCAGCUGGAAAAAGAAGAAGAAGCCAAGGCAGCCGAUGCGACGCCAAGCGUCGGCCGCAGUAAGAACAGCUCGCACGGGAGCAACAGCAAUAAUUCCAGCGGCAGCGGCUCCAACGUCCCUUGGAAGGUGAAAUUGGCGAAAAAGAGGGCGGAACGGUCGCAGACGUCGGUCGGAAUGGACGGACAAGUCAGCGUCGAUCUGCGCAAAUCCAUCCGCCUGGCGGCCGCCACCCGCAAAUCGAUGGAAGACGUGCGCGAAAGCGUCCACCAAACAGGCACGUCGGCGCCCUUCAAAUUGACGUCGCAAGCCUCAACGGCCUAUCCGCUCUUGAAGCAGAAAUCGAUGGGCGAGUUGUACGCGCCCAGGUUGCCCAAACCGUUUCAGCGCAGCGACAGCGUCGGAGCGGCCGCCUCUUCCGCCAGCGUCACGCCGCUCGUCACGCCGCUCAACACGCCCGAGGCCAAGUCGAGUUUGUUGAAGAAAUUCAACUGGAACGGCAGCCGGAGUUCGUCGGUCGAUCGGGCCUCCGCUUGCGAUUUGUCUUCGGCGCCUCAGACGCCGCUCUCUGCCGACGCUCCUCCGUCGCCCGUCGUCAUGGCGGCCGGUUUGAAGCCGAGCAAAUCCGGACACAGUUGGGUCCUGUCCAUGAAGGCGGCGCACGCGCCCGUCGCCUUUAAAGCCGCUGGCCCUGGCCCAGGCCCAGAAAGUGGCAAGACGCAACAAACGGCUGCGGCCGAGACGGAAGAGCCGAAAGCCGAAGAAGUGGAGGAAAGGAAAGCGGAAGUGGAAGUGGACGAAAAGGAGGUUCAAAUUGAAAGCGAUCGAGACGAGGAAAGCGAACAAGAAGAAGAAGAAGAAGAAGAAGAAGAAGAAGUUGUGACGGUGGGCGUGUUGAAUUUGGGCUCGAAAGACGAAGCGGCCAAAGAAGGUGGCGUCCAUGGUGUUCGUGACUGUGGUGUCCAGCCACCACAGUCUAGCACCUCCGAUUUGAAAACGGAUCCGUCGGCUGGACUUUUCACUCCCGCCGAGUCGCUCCAAAUCGCCAUCCACAAAGCGGCCAUUAAAGCCUCGCUAAGCCGCCAGAUGUCGGAGCGAAACGUGGCCGAACCUUCGUCUCCCCUGCCCAUGCCUCAAUCGCCAGUGGACAAACCUAAAGUCGAUCCGGCGGAAGGCAAAGCGAACAAGAUGGCAGCGACGGAAGCGCCCAAAAGCGCUGCCCACCCGCUACUCAUUCGGGCCACCUCUUCACCCAAAUUGACUCCGCCUUCUUGCGUUUCCAGCCGUAAAACUGCGCCCGUCGUAGCGCCUCCUCCUCCUCCUCCUCCUCCUCCUCAGCCGGAAGUGGCCAAAGAAGCCGAUCCGUCGCCUCUAAAACCGUCCGAGCCGACGGACAACAUAAAACUAACGGAAGCGAAAGAAGCGACGCUGCCGAGUGCAGUCGCACCUGAAACCGAUGGAAGCAAAACGGCCCGUGUGGACGUGACGAACCCGGCCGUGCAGAAGGAGUUGCAAAAGGCGGAGCAGUACAUCAAAACGGCCAUGGCUCCCAUUCCCAGUUGGAAGGAGAGGGCGCGUCGCAGCAACACGGUGGCCUUUUCGCCCGGCUCUGGCUCGUCGUCGUCGUCGUCGUCGUGGAGGCCCGUCCAGGCUCCCACUCGGCUGACGAUCAAGACGGACAACGAUCGCAAAUUCCAGAGCCUGUUCCAGAAGAACGCCGAACUCAAUACAAGCGUAGGCUUCCAGGCGCGUCCGCUGAACUCGGAUCCGUCUGGUGGCGGCGGCGGCAGCAGCAGCGGUGGCAUGUGGACCAACAAGUUCGCCAACAUCCGCUCGUCGUUCGAGUCGCGUCCAAAUUCGACGUCGACGACGCCGACGCAGAGUCGCAGCCGCCGAAACCGCCAGCCCCGCCAUCGCCCUCGAUGGCCACAAAGGCUAAUCAUCGGCCGGACGCCAAACAAGACAAGCCCCAACAACAACCAACAACAACAACAGCAACAACAACAACAGCAACAACAACAACAACAACAACAACAACAGCAACAACAACAACAGGCAAUGCCGGCCAAAGUGGAAGGGACGCCGAAAAGCCCCAUCAAACCGAAAGAGCCGCAAGGGCAGAGAGCGGCCGUUGCGACGGCUCCUAUUGUUCCCAAAAUCGAAGCGGCCCGUCACAUUAACUACGCCAACGGAUCGAUGCGCAGCGCGUCGGUCGGUGGGACGACGUUGUUGGCCCGUCAGCCGUCUUCGCCUUUGAUCGCGGCCAAACGGGCCGAAGAGAAGAAAGCAGCUGCAACAGUCCAGCACGUCCGCGUGACGGUUCAACCUUCAGCCUCUCCUCCUGUUGCCACGCCCGUCCAUCACGGCGCGACCAGGACGGCGUCUAGCGGCGGCGUUGCGUCGGCCGCACCGGCCGCCACGCUGGCCAAGAGCUCGAGUGGCCGUCGAUUGCGCAACGAGCGCUCGUGUUCGUCCGUGCGGACGCAGUCGAGUGUGCGCAGCGAUUCGAAAGAGGAGGACGACGACGACGACGACGACGAUGAGGAACAGGAUCAAGAAGGAGACGACGAAGCCUCUUCUUCCACCUCGUCGGAUGAAGACGAAGCCCAGCGCACCGUCCUGCCUUCCGUUCAAGUCCAACCGCCCACGCCGGCCACUUCGUCCAACAUGUCCGGCCUCAAGAAUUUGACGAAAAUUCUGCAAAAGUUUUCCGUUGCAGACGAUCCGCCGACGCCGCCGACGCCGCCGCCGCGUCACGUGCCCAAUUUCCAGCCCAAUCGACUAGUGACAUCUAGCGGUCUUUUAAAGAAGUCGUUUUCGAGUCACCAAAUUCGUUCGACGACGACCCCUCCGGCCCUCGUCCUCGGCGGCGCCGGCCUCCAUCAAAACAACGGCAACGGCAACGGCAACGGCAACGGCAACGGCAACGGCAACGGCAACGAGUUUGGACUGUCCCGCGCCAAAAGUUCGUCCGCUUUCGGUCCAGCAGCCGUCCCGCCCAACUCGUUGGCGUUGACGGGACUGAAACGGGACCACCACCUGACCAUCCCGCCUCUGUCGCAUUACGUGGACGCGCCUGGCCCGACUCUGGUCGGCCUCGUGGCCCGCAACGUCACGUCGUCUGGCCAGUCGACGGCCGGCAGUAGCACGAAUCUCAGCAGCACCAACAGCGUUGCCAGUUCGGCUCUCAAUUAUUCGGCGGCCAAUUUGAAAGCGACGCCGCCCUCGCCGUCGGACCGUUCGCCCACCAGUUUGUUGAUGAAGAGCGUCUCGUCUUCGCGCAUCGUCACCGGUGCUAAACAGCAACUGGAGAGACCGAAAAGCCUCGUCAUCAGCACCAACACGAGCCCCUUGUCCGGCGCGGAGGUGUCGCCGGGCAUGGUGCGUCGCAACCAAUCGCUGGGCACGAAGCAAUUCGAAGCGUCUCUAUCGCCCGACAGCGCCGAGAAGAAGCAGCGCGAAAUUUUGCAAUUUUUCGGCGCGGCCGCGUCGGCCCCUCCAAUGGCCGCCACCUCUGCGCCCGCCCCGACUCCCGUUGCGGCCAAGAGCGUCACGCCGAUGAGGAACAGUGGCACGAGUAGUAGUCGCCAUAACGGCAGCAGCGCCACGAACACAAUGGCCAGUCAGGGCCGUUCGGUGCUGACGAGCCGACAGUUUUCGUUGGAAACCAACUCUGGCGGCAGCGACGUGGACGAGUUGUUCAACCAAUUUCUGGCCGACCAAAUGCUCAGUCCCGACGCGGCCGGCCAUCGGUGCCUCCGUUUGAACGAAAACCCUUUGACUUCGUAUCGCAACGAUCGUCCAAGUAGCGGCCAAACACUAGAGAAAGAACCGAACGCAGCCGGCCCGAGUCGAUUCGCCGACCGACGUCGAGCGUGGGAGGCCUCCACCUGCACGAGCAUCACGUUGCAUUCGAGUUUGAUGAUGGGGCCGUCGUCGUCGUCGUCGCAACAAGCGAGCAACGUUUCAAGUCGUCCGGCUGACGUGAUCCAGCGCAGCAGCAACAACGCAUUCGGCUCGUCGACCGUCCAGUCCAAAACUGAAGUGACGACGACACGUCAGUCGAAUUUCACGCGCUCGGGCCAGCCCGGCCAAUCGGCGUUCAGCAAAUUCCAGCAGCUGGAUCAAUCCAUCAAAUCGUCGACGAGUAGUAAUAGCAUGGCAACGCCAUCUGGUGGAUUUGGCGGCGUGGGACUCCUCGCUGGCCAGCAACUCGAAACGAAACCAACGAGCCGGCCAACGACGCCCAAUUUUUUGACGGUGCCUUCCAGUCCGAGGCCCCGUCUCAACACGGCCGAAAUCAAAGAGAGGAUCCUUAAUUUUUGCAAACGAGCCACCGCAGACUAUCAGAACGUGCAAGUAGACAAUUUCAGCUCCAGCUGGAACGACGGACUCGCCUUUUGUGCCCUCAUUCAUCAUUUCUAUCCGGAUGCCUUUGAUUUCAAUCAACUGGAGGCCAAAAACAAGAGGCACAACUUUACGCUCGCAUUCAAAACGGCAGAUGAAAAAGCCGGCAUCGCUCCCUUACUGGACGUGGAUGAUAUGGUAGCCAUGGCUCGUCCAGAUUGGAAAUGCGUCUUCACCUACGUCCAAUCUUUCUACCGGCGAUUCAAAGACGAAUGAGUGUUUUGACUCAUUCUAAUGCGUCCUCCGCUCCUGCCACUUCUUUCACUCUGUUAUUAUUAUUAUUAUUUUAUCCCAGAAAUGAUGCUUGCUGAUAUUCUUGCCCAGUACGCCGCCUCUGCUGCUCCCAGCCUCUCUGUCUCAUUAUAUUCUCUUUCUUCUAUGUGGACUUUUCAUACACUCAAACUGUAUGACUUAUGUCGGCAGCUAGGUGGCGUGCCUCGACAAGCGCUUCGUUAUGAGCCCACCGCUUUUCAUCAAUGAAACAUCGAUUCUUUUGGAAAAAAUAAUACGAAAACAAAAAAAAAAAAACAAAAAAAAAAUAUGAUAAAAAAUUAUUUGUUUAUUGAAGAACCCAAAGGCAUGGAAAAGGGGCAUAUUCAAAUCAUUUCAAUGGGUCUGUUUUCCCUCUCUCUUUCUCUUUGUCUUAUUUUAGAAAAAAAAAAUACGUAUUUAUCUAAAUAUGGAAAUGACAUUACACUUUUUUUCCUGUCCACACAAAAGAAAA